AUGUUGCGCGAUAUGCGAGGUACCAGCACCAACAGCUCAGCACACAAAUUUCGCAUGAUGCAGCUCGCUCUGAAUGCAGUCGCACUAGUCGUUAUUACGGGGGCACUAUUUGCUUACUUCAGAGCAAACCCAGCUGUACAGUACGUCUCUCAAGUGGUCAACAAAUCGACGGUGGUGACGUGGCCGGUUCCCGCAGAGCCUUCCGGAAGUCGCAACCCCGCGCCGGGUGUCUGCCUCCCUGUUAUCGUGAGCUUCUGCCAUCAACACAAAGUCUCAUAUAACUUCACCGUUUUCCCUAACUACAUUGGCCACUUUGGACAACGGGACGCCCAACAGGAUUUGGAGAUCUAUGAUGCAGUAGUCGAUGUCCGUUGCUACGAACUCACGGCGCUGUUCCUGUGUUCACUGUUUGUCCCGAAGUGUGGGCCGUUGGGGCAUAUGGUACGGCCUUGCAGAAGUCUUUGUCAAGAAACAAUGCGGCGUUGCGGGUUUUUCCUGGAAGUUUUUGGUCUGUCUAUGCCAGAUUAUCUGCAGUGUGAAAUCUUUCCUGAAUCAACAGAUACAGAUGUAUGUCUGGGAAAUAGAGAAGUUAAAGAGGCAAAGUUCAGAGCUGAGAAACCAGUAUGCCAGUCCGGAUUCCAAUGUGAUGUCAACCGUUGCAUUCCUCACGACUGGCGUUGUGAUGGUCACGUUGACUGCGCCGAUCGUUCAGAUGAACUCAACUGCCGUGUGUGCAAACGUUCUGGUGACGUCCAUUGUGGAAACCAACGAUGCAUUUCACAGACACACCUUUGUGACGGCAAAGUGGACUGCCCUUGGGGACAGGAUGAGCGGAAUUGCUUGCGUCUGAGUGAGUCAAAUGGAGACGUGGGUUCCGGCGAAGUACAGGUGUACCGCGCUGCCAACCAGUCCUGGUUCCCAGCCUGCCUCGCAGCAGCCCCUUUAGACCACCAUACGGCCUCUGAAAUCUGUUCCAUGCUUGGAUAUACAGUCGUCAACAAGAGUCAAACAACUGGAUCGUCGCGCGUUGGGCGGCCUCACGCCCUAACGCCGAGCGCUCUUUUGGGCGGACAGGGUUCUUUAUUACAUGGAGUUGCACAAUCGUAUCGCGCCUUUCAAAGAAAGGAGGGGGGCUUGCUUCGGGAAAUGAAAGACUGCCGCCACGACUCGCAUAGGAUACAUCUCAUUUGUAAUAAUUAUGAAUGUGGCAAACGUCGUACUCUAGCUCCAGCAACAAAACGUAUCGUAGGAGGGGUAGAAGCGUCACCAGGGGACUGGCCCUUCCUUGCAGCAAUUCUUGGUGGACCAGAAGAAGUGUUCUACUGUGCUGGAGUACUCGUCGCUGACCAGUGGGUACUGACAGCUUCACAUUGUGUUGGAAAUCAUUCUGACGUCGACGGAUGGACGAUUCAGCUGGGUAUCACGCGUAGACGAAGUCAUGCAUAUUACGGGCAGAAAGUGAAAGUACGAAGAGUGGUCCCACAUCCACUAUAUAAUGUUGGUGUUGCGCAUGACAAUGACAUCGCUUUGUUUCAGUUGGCUGUUCGAGUUCGAUACCAUGAACACUUAUCACCGGUAUGUUUACCACCUGCACGACGAGCCCUUUUACCUGGAACACUUUGUACAGUCAUCGGCUGGGGAAAGCGUACUGAUAAAGACAUGUCAGAAUACGAGCCGGCGGUGAAUGAGGUGGAAGUUCCUGUCCUCAAUCGUGAUCUUUGUAACCAGUGGCUGGAACAUCGGGAUCUUAACGUGACUGAAGGGAUGAUCUGCGCAGGAUAUCCUGAAGGUGGCAAGGAUGCUUGCCAGGGUGAUUCGGGUGGUCCGUUGCUAUGUAAGGACCCGGACGAUCCGUCGCGUUGGUACGUGGGAGGUAUUGUAUCUUGGGGAAUAAAAUGUGCCCAUCCCCGUCUGCCAGGUGUCUACGCCUUCGUUCCCAAGUACAUUCCCUGGAUACAGAGGCAGAUACAACAGUACAACGACGACAAAGCACCCUCCGAAUCAGAAACAUGA